AUGGAUCCGAUAAAGUAUAUAUUCGAAAAGCCUGUUGUUACUAGUAGAAUUUCCCGGUGGAAAAUGUUGUUAACCGAGUAUGAUAUACAGUAUGUGACCCAGAAAGCAAUAAAAGGGAGUGUUCUAUCUGACUACCUUGCUCACCUGCUUGUCGAUGGUUAUCAACCGUUGAGGUUUGACUUCUCUGACGAAGACAUCAUGUUUAUCAGAGACUUCACUAUGCCAGGCUUCGAAGUAAGCCCUGAGGAAGGCCCCAAACCAGGAUCACGAUGGACGCUCAUGUUCGACGGUGCUUCCAAUGUUCGAGGCCAUGGUAUAGGCGUCGUUAUCACUUCUCCAACUGGUUUCCACCUUUCAUUUAAUGCUAUAUUGUGUUUUGACUGCACCAACAAUAUGGCAAAAUAUGAAGCAUAUAUCUACGGUUUAGAGGAGGAAAUCAACCUGAGGAUCAAGAUUCUUGAGGUAUACGGUGAUUCAGCUCGGGGAAGAAAGUCAGUUAGCAGACGCUCUAGCCACGUUGGCAUCUAUGUUCAAAGUCAAAUGGAAGAAUGA